GGGUGCAGUCCCGAAGCUGCUGAUCUCACUCUGCAACUCUGCGUCACUUUAUGCAGGAACAGGGAGAGCUAUGGUGCCACCAAGAAGCAACGUGAAAAGAGUGAGAAAGUCGUCUGGGACCUUGGGGACCUUGAGGAGGCUCACAGUUGUGGGCUGUCUGCAAUUCUACACGCCCCACCCCCGACUUUGUCCAGCUACUCUGAAGUGCCUUUCCCUCCAAGAAGUGUCUUUGGCAGGCUGGCCAAUCCCAGGACAGCUAUGGGGCAGUUUGAAAUUUCAGCCUAGGCUGGGAGAGGAUGGGACAGGAAUAAGGGAGGGGGGAUCAAGCCCCCCACCUUGGGGGUGGGGGAAUGGGGAGACAAGCUUUGUAUCUUCUUCUGUUCCAACAGGCUUCGGAGCCAACAAAGUUAGAUCUCCUAGUCCUAGCUUGGGGAAGCCGUGGUUCCAGCCCUCGUGGAUUUGGAGUCAGGUCUAGGUCUGCUGAUGAAUCAUGUGGUCUCCCUCUCUGGGCUUCAUUUCCUUCAUUGUAAAAUGAGGGGUUUGAGCUGGGCUGUUCAGAUGACAGGGUCAUAGACGUAGAGUGGAAUUGGACCCUGGAGGCCAUGGUGUCCAACCUUUUUAUUUCACACAUGAAGAAACAAGACAGAAGAGGCAUAGAAUCUGGGCCCCUUCCCACCCUGUGACAUCCAGGAAAAGUUACUUAAUCUCUUGGUUUAAGUUUUUGUGGCUUUCCCAAGGUUUCAUGGAUGGGAAGAGGCUGAAUUGAGCUUUGGACACACAGCCUCUGAUAUCAAAUCCAACAUUCUUUCCCUGCUCCAAACCCUUGGUUUUGUGAAGUGUUGGCAGCUGCAUCCCAGCGCUCAGGGCCCACUUGGAGAGAUGCAAUCUCCUUCUGAGCCUCCUUGCCAAUCACCCAUGUAGGCAGUCUCCUUUGACUAAUGGAUUUGGAAAUCCUUUGUUCGUCUCAGGUUUGUGGCCCAACCUGUUGUUUCUUGCCCUACAGAGAGACCAGUAGGCCCAGAGGGGGUACAGACACCAGGACCUUGCACUAUGAUGGGGAGGCAAGAGGCUCCAGGAUACCUGAGACAGAUACUAGGGAGGUUGAUGCCCAGGAGAGGACAGAAUGAGACCCAGGUCACCAGGAGGAGACAGCUCAGCUAGUCUUGGGAUCUGGUCUUGGCUGUGGUUCUCACUGGGACCUGGAUGACCGCAGGGAGGCUUCUCCCCACUAAAUGCAUAUAUGUCCCUAAGUGACUGGCCUGUAUGACCCUUGGGAGCAGGGGGAGGCAGAAGCCAGGGAGCAACAUGUAUGAUGUUGGGAGGAGGCUUGGUGGUGGCCAUCUCCGUUGACCUUGGGAUGAGACUGUGUAUAGAGACCACAUCAGUGGUGCAAAGGGCUGUGUAGCAGGUCCCAGCUACCCUGACUACAGUGGGGUCCUGGCCUGAAUGAGGGGAAGUAGGCAGUCAUGAUACUCAGCCCUGGGGACUACAGUGUAAAGCAUUGGGGGGCAGUUGGUGGGGGAAUAUUCCUGCCAAUAACUCGGUUCCCCACUUACAGCAUGAGAAGAUUCUCCCCAGGUGUUUUCUCUCCCUGCCUUUCAAGAUUCUCGGUCAUGCUUCUGUGUCGUGGGCAAACCUGGAAACACCAGCCAAGAGCCUUCCCCACCUCUUGCCUCUGCUUUGUUUGCUGGCUACAAAUCAUUCCAAGAUGGGGAGUGGUCGAUGCGGUGCUUGGGGCUCCUGGCCUCCAUCGCUCCCUUACCACCUCACGCCUCAGUGGUCCUGGCUUCCUUCCUGCUGUUGUGGCUGCAUGAGUCCUUCCUAUCCAGGCUUGUUAGGAUGAUCACUGCAUACAAGAUGAUUCCCUGUGGAGCCGUGUUAACCUUUGCCCGAUGCCUCAUUCGGAGGAAAGUCGUCUCCUUGGAUAACCUGGAGGAUUCCAAACUCUGCCGCUGCCUGUCCACGUUGGACCUGAUCGCCCUCGGGGUGGGGAGCACUCUUGGAGCCGGCGUCUACGUCCUGGCCGGGGAGGUGGCCAAGUCCAGCUCUGGCCCCAGCAUCGUUCUGUCCUUCCUGAUAGCCGCCCUGGCCUCCGUCAUGGCCGGCCUGUGCUACGCGGAAUUUGGGGCUCGCGUCCCCAAGACGGGCUCUGCAUACUUGUACACUUACGUCACUGUGGGAGAGCUGUGGGCCUUCAUCACAGGCUGGAAUCUCCUCUUGUCCUACGUAAUAGGAACUUCCAGCGUGGCCCGGGCAUGGAGCGGCACCUUUGAUGAGCUGCUCAACAAAGAGAUUGGCAGAUUUUUCCGGAGCCACCUCAACAUGCAUUCUCCGGGGCUCGCAGAGUAUCCAGACUUCUUUGCCGUGUGCCUUAUCCUUCUCCUCUCAGGCCUCUUAUCAUUUGGAGUCAAAGAGUCAGCCUGGGUGAAUAAAGUCUUCACAGCAGUUAACAUCCUGGUCCUGAUCUUUGUGAUAAUUUCGGGGUUUGUGAAAGGCCACAUCUCAAACUGGAAGAUCAGUGAGGACUUCCUCAAAAAUCUCUCUGCUUCCCAAGAUCCAUCCAAGAAUGGAACAAACUACGGGGUCGGAGGCUUCAUGCCCUUCGGCUUGAAGGGGAUGCUGGCGGGAGCUGCCACUUGUUUCUAUGCCUUUGUGGGUUUUGACUGCAUCGCCACAACUGGGGAAGAGGUCCGGAAUCCUCAGCGGGCCAUUCCCAUUGGCAUCGUCAGUUCUCUGCUUGUGUGUUUUAUGGCCUACUUUGGCGUGUCUGCGGCCUUGACCCUCAUGAUGCCCUAUUACCUCCUGGAUGAGACCAGCCCCCUCCCUGUGGCCUUCGAGUAUGUUGGCUGGAGCCCUGCCAAGUAUGUGGUGGCCGUGGGCUCCCUCUGUGCUCUGUCCACCAGUCUCCUUGGAUCCAUGUUUCCAAUGCCGCGGGUAAUCUAUGCUAUGGCAGAAGACGGUUUGCUUUUCCAAUUCUUAGCUAAAGUCCAUCCCAAAACGAAGAGCCCACUCAUUGCUACUUUGACAUCGGGUUCCGUGGCAGCGGUCAUGGCAUUCCUCUUUGACUUGAAGGCUCUGGUGGACAUGAUGUCCGUCGGGACCCUCCUAGCCUAUUCACUUGUGGCUGCUUGUGUGCUGAUCCUCAGGUACCAACCCAGCUCUACUCACCAGAAGAUAAAAUGUUGCACGGAGAAAGAAGCCUUGACCUCGGGUCCAGCCACAGUCCUGCUGCCGGGAUCUGGGAACAGCAAGCAGACCCUCAUCAAGCCUUCGAGGUUGCCCACACAGCGGUCAGCGUCUCUUGUUAGCUGUUUGGUGGGAUUGCUGGCAUUCCUGGUUUUUGGCCUCAGCAUCCUGAUGACCCAUAGCGUGAAUGCUGUUAACAAUCUGGAGCCAUGGAGCCUUGGCCUUCUCUCUGUGUUCAUCUUCCUUAUUCUCAGCAUCAUCCUUGUCAUCUGGAGGCAGCCUCAGAAUGAGCAGAAAGUGGCCUUUAUGGUUCCCCUGCUGCCGUUUCUGCCUGCCUUCAGCAUCCUGGUGAAUGUUUACCUUAUGGUCCAGUUGAAUGCACAAACGUGGAUCCGAUUCAGCAUCUGGAUGGCUGUAGGUUUCCUGAUUUACUUUUCUUAUGGCAUCAGACACAGCUUAGAAGGGAGCCACAGGCACGAAGAUGAGGGUGUAUGUUCAGAGAACACAGUGGGGCAAGCAGAAGGAAAAAGCCCCAUCGAGGCCAGCAGCCUUACAUAGGGCAAAUCCAGUGUCCCUUCCUCCUUCUGGACGGACAAGUCAAUGUUGAUGCCUAUGCACUCUCCGCUGGGCAGCACAGCCCCAAUGCUCCAUAUGUCUUCUGUUGGAAACUGGGACAGGAUGUUUUGGCCAGGUUCCGCUGUCCUCGGUCUGCUUUUCUUGCCAGAUCUCCCCUCUUUGAUGUUUGUGCCCAUGGGCUGAGCGAGCCCAGACAAGAGCAGUGCGUCUGGGGACCAGCCACUUCCUUGAGGAUCCUCUCCUCGGGGGAUGAGCCCAAAAACAAAUGGGGGGGAGGCCAGAGAUGCACCUUGCACCUUUUGGCACAUGGAAAUUCUUGCUGGUUUUUAAAAAACGUUGUCAUGUAUAAUCCUGCCAGUGUUAGCCUGCGCUGGGCAGCUCUUGUAGAAAUUGGGUGGCAUUGAGUAGCAGGAUGCUCUAUGUGUACCUGUGUGCCUCACGUUUGCUCGGGGGAGGGCACCACUGCGCUUCUUUGGUCGCCUCUUUGGCCUUGUUCCUUUAAACUGACCGACUGUCUGGGUUCCUAUCCGCCCCUCUUAGCUUGAGUGGAAAUAGGGCUUUGGGGGGCAGCAGAGCAGGGACAAGGCCAAGUAUCCUCUGGCAGGUUUUUAAUAAAUGCCGACAGUGGAUCCCUUAAAAUGACCCCCCCUCUAGGAAAGAAAUAUUUCUAAUAAAUUAGUAAAUAUGAAUAUUGCCUUCAGACUUGUCAUACACUGUAGACAUAACAUUCCACAGCAUUUAACAAUUAUUUAACUCAACAACCCUUUCUUAAGUACCUACUGCUGUUAUGGUGGGAAGAACACUGGAUCUGGUAUCAAAGGACCUGGCUCCCAACCCUGGUUCUGCUGCUUCUUAGCUGUAAGACCUUGGACAAGUCUUUUGCUAUCUCUGGGCCCCCUCCGUUACUUCGAGGGGGUUGAACUCAGUUGCUGAGGAAUCUUCUAGCUCAAGCUUAGCAUAGUCCUGUCAGCAUCGUGUGCUAUUCCUGUCAAAGCAGAGAAGGAAGAAACGGGGUGGGGAGGACCUUCUGGGCUCAUCCUCCAGGAGAGUUCAGCCAUCCAUCGGACUAGCUUGGUGUGGGAGGCACAGGAUGCCUGGGAUUUGCCCUUUUUCUGGGCCAAAUCCGCCGCUUUGCUUUGUUAGGUUUGCCCUUGUUCCCCUGCCACCCAAAGCCUUCAUUUCUACCUUCUUUGAAUGAUGGGGGAGAGGGGUGGAGCAAGUAACAGGAAAGGGCAGAACUGCUCUGCUCCUCUUGGUUCACCCAAGGCAGCUGAGCCCAGUUGGAGGCUACGCCUCUCACCCUGUUUCUUUUGGAAGCAUUUUGAGGUAUGUUUCUUCUUUCCUCGCUCCCAUUUUUAUUAAGUAUUUCCAUCUGUCUGGCACUGUAAAUCAGGGGGUUGUUUUAAAUAACUACCUGUCAACACUGGUGACAACAGCCUCCUUCCUGUCUCCUAGCUCAGUGAGAGUACACACAGAUGCUGGCGCCAUGCCUGGUCAGGGGUGCAGUGGUCAGAAAAUCUGGGCCAAGGAAUGAAACAGAAAUGAGUGAGAGACCCUAAAGUCAGCUGAGCCUUGUGUCCAGGCCCAUUUCAAGUAGGCCUUUGGGGGCAGGAAUGGGGGCUCAGUUUCUGCAGUAAGGGUGGAUUGCUACUACCCAAAUUGAUGCCUUUCUUGGUGGGAAAGGAGAUGCACUUCUGGAGUCUGAGGGUGGGGGUAGUUAGCAUAGUGCUGUCUCAGACACCUGUGGGGCAUGCACUGCCCCUAGAGGGCCCAGGGAACAUUCAGGAGUCAUGGCCCAAAGGAAAUCGUUCAAGAAAGGUGACUUUGCAGUCCCCAUCAUGGGGGCCCCACAUUUCUUGAUUCCUUAAUUGGCGGGUGGAGAGGGAGAGGAAGCCAGGAGCUCCCAGUGUCCUAAAUCACAGGCUUCUGUUCUAUUUUGGAAGGACGAGAACCCUGAGUCUCAUUUUAAAACCCUGGAAUUUGAGCUGGAUGGAAGGCCAUUUAGAGUCUGGGGGGAGCAAAGAGACUUGUGGCAGCUGAUGGAGACCUCCCCAUCUAACCUUCCCCUUGAAGGAAAGAACCUUAAGGCCCCCCCUAAAAUCCUCCCUUCCUAAUCAGCUGUAGAAAGGUGGGACACCUCAGUCAGACCACCAGGUGUUUUCUCCUAAGGAAUUUGCUAAUUAUCAGCAAACACAAACAUUUCCAACAUACAAAGCACAGAAAGGGAGCUUGCAUGGCAAGCUGGGAGUUCUGAAGAGUUCUGGUUUGGUCUGAAGUCUGCCUCACUUGAAACAUGAUGGAAUCCCCUCUGGCCUCGUCCACAUCUUCCCCACUGCGGUCCUUGGGUUUGUUUUUUGAACUGAGGCCUCCUUUCCUGUGUUGCGGCAGAGCUCAUUUAGAGCUGGGCCUGCCUAGCCAGUGAGCCCUCCUCCAGAUGAGGAUGGUGGGGGCUACGUACCCACACACAUGCACACGUCCUCUAUGUAUACAUGCAAACAUUUGCGUACAGACUUAGAAAUCAUAGAGAUAGUUGGGUUUAUGGCAGAGUUUCAAGGACUGAUGCCUUAAGGCAGGUCAAAAAUUCAUUGUGGUGUUCUCUAUUAACAGGUGUUUCUAUAGAGUGUUUUUAGGUAUUAAACUAUUUUGAGAUCCAAUUUUAUAGUGUAUAUAAGAUUUUUAAUGGUAUUUUCCAAGAACGUGGUAUUUAUAUGCUUCUAGCAUGAAGUCAACCUUGAACGCAGAACUUGGAAAGUGUGCCUUAUUUGUCAUCUCCGAGGGGGUUCCUGGAGGGUCAGUGUUGCUGCCUUGGGCCGUGUUCUCAGGGGUCAUGUCCAUUCGGGUCCUGUCCUCGUGACACACAGUGAGUGGUCACGGCCCCAAGGACUGGUAACCUGGCUUCCUCUAAAAGUGAUUGGUUUUCCAAGCUGCUGAUCCCAGGGAAGAAGAGGCAUUCUCUUAGUGCCCAUGCCAGCCCAGCCCCUCAAGGGCCUCCUCUUCUUUGCAAUGCAAAGAACAUUCCAGGCAGGCAUUCAGGAGAACUUGGCAGUAGAAUGAAGGGGGGGCGGGGUUUGUAUUGUUAUUAUUUUCUUGUGAAAGAAAAAUAAACAUGUGGUUAUAAUUCA